AUGGACUUUAUUGCCCAAGCCCAAUAACUUAUAGUUGGGCCUUUUAAGGAGAAGAUUUCUCCUUCACCGAAGACGGCGAGAGGAACAGAGGAGAAACCGAGGAUCAGACGCCGGAAAAGGAACGAUGCUGGGACUCUCUUACGGUGAGAUUCUAGUUAUCAUCGGCGCAACAGCUGCUGUUGUAGGGCCAAAGGAUCUUCCGAUAAUUGCAAGAGCAGGAGGAAGAUUGUUCGGACGAGCGAUUGGUUACAUCCAAAUGGCUCGUGGCCACAUAGACGGUGUCAUGAAACAACCUCAAAUGCAGCAGAUUUCGAAAGAAGUUCAAGAUUUGCGAGCACAAGUUGAUGCUAUUAGUCAUGGCGCAAGUUUCUCUCUUUUUAACUCCAAUCCUUUGACUCGAAGAGUGGACAACCAAUCUCCAGAACCUUCUAAUACAACCACCACUGGGAAUGUUACAUCUCUUAAUGUUGAGGAAAGACCCAAGGUUUCAGAUCAUUGGACAAAGGCUCAAGAGUUUAGUGGUUCGUCAUCGGCUUCAGUUAAUCUGCACGCCCAAGCAACAGCAUUUGAACGUUUAUCUGAGUCUGUCAGUGGCAAAACUCACACUCUAAGUAGUGAUUCACCUGUUCUUCCAGUUUCUGCUGAGAUGGCAAAGUUGCUCCCUCAUCGCAAAGAGAGUGCAAAAGGAUCUGAUUUAAUGCUGGAGGCAGUUCUUGAAGCUGAGGUGGCACACAAAGCCAAACACUUUUUUGCACAAGCCGAAAAGGAAACUCCAGCUUUAAAAGGGAAGUUUGUUGUUGAAGAGAAAGGAGAAACUUGAAGUCAAGUUUUGUGGAUCAUCGAUCAACAAGUCACAAGUCUUUGUUCGUACUUGUAGCGUGAGAAUAGUGGGCUUUUUACUAACUGGGCCGGAGUCUUGAAAUCUGUUUCUGCUCCGGCAACAAGUGAGUUAAACCUGGCCUAGAUAAGUUCAGUAAUUGAUCUUGUAAUUUUGGUAAACGAUCUCGAUUCCUGUAAUUCAUUCUGCGGCUUUGUAGGUUUGUAGGAAUAUGAAUAAAUGUGUGUAUUUUAGUUCUCAGCCGGUUAUGUAUUAACUUCUACUUACAAGCUUAAAAAGGGGGAAUUUUCUAUUGCCA